AUGGAUUCAAAUAAUAAGACAUCAAUGGAAAAUAUUAAUGAACCAGUUCGAAAACGAAUGCGACCAGAUCCUUCAUCAGACAAUAAUCCUGAAGAAUCCGUUGGCAUAACUCAAUUCUUAUCGAAUCAUGAUGGUUUUGAUGGUAUAAUUAAAUAUCGUUAUUCAGAUUUUCUUGUCAAUGAAAUUUCAUCUGAUGGUUCAAUUAUUCAUUUAACUGAUUUAUCAUGUCCAAAUUUUGAUCAAAAUAAGUCGAAUUCAUUAACAAAUGUUCCACUUAGUGAAGAAAUUAUUGAUCGUUUAAAAACCUUAUCACAAACACAUGAUAAAGAUUUAAUUUCAAUUCCUGCUAAUGAUUUAACAAAAGAACAACGUACAUCAAUUCAUCAUUUUGUUCGUUCAAUUGAUAUUAAUCUUAAAAGUGAAUUAAUCAAUGGUUCUAUUCAAAUAACAUAUCAACCUAUUGCUAAUCAAACACGUCGUUCAACAGAGCAAUGGCCAGACAAAACGAAACCAUAUUUAAAAUUUGUUCUAUAUAAAGAAAAUCGAGAUACAAUGGAUACUAUUCAAUCAAUAGGAGCACUUUUAAAUAUGAAUACCUCGUUAUUUCAAUAUGCUGGUAUAAAAGAUAAACGUGGUAAAACAUGUCAAGAAGUAACAAUUCAUAAAGUAUUACCAAAUAAGUUUAAGAAUUUAAAUCAACGUUUAUCAGCAGUGAAAGUAGGAAAUUUUCAAUUAUGUCAAAAUCCAUUACGUCUUGGACAAUUACAAGGAAAUCGUUUUGAAAUAUUUAUUCGAAAUAUUUCUAUUGAAUCAAAUGAAAAUAUUCAAAUUUAUGUUACAAAUUGGAUAGAAAAAGGAUUUAUUAAUUAUUUUGGUUUACAACGAUUUGGUUCACGUACAUUAGCAACACAAACAGUUGGAAAAUAUUUACUUCAACAUGAUUGGUCUCAAGCAAUUAAUGCUAUUUUAGCAUAUGAUGAAACAAUAACACAAGAAUGGCUUCGUAAUUUAUUAAAUCAAUGGAAUAAAACACAUGAUAUAAAAACAAUACUUGAUGGAACAAUUCCAUAUCGUCGUUCAAUUGAAGUUGAUCUUCUUCGUGGUUUACAAAAACAUGAUCAAACCAAUUUAAUUGGAGCACUUUCAUCAAUACCACGUAAUACACGUUUACUUUAUUUACAUGCAUAUCAAUCAAUGAUAUGGAAUAAAAUUGUUUCAAAACGUUUAAUAACUUAUGGUAAUGAAAUACUUAUUGGAGAUCUUUAUAUAAAUGAUAUAACUAAUGAUACAAAUGUUUUCUAUGUCACCGAAAAUAAUCGAAAUAAUAUUAAAAUUGAACAAAUUGUUUUACCAUUACCUGGCUAUGAUAUUAAAUAUCCAUUAAAUGAUAUACAUUCAUGGUAUAAAGAUUUAUUAAAUGAAGAUGGAAUAAAUAUUGAUCAAAUGAAAUAUCAUGUUAAAGAUUAUAGUUUACCAGGAAAUUAUAGACAAUUUAUUGUACGUCCUGGUCAAGUUGAUUAUCGUAUUGUUUAUUAUGAUAAUAUAAAUGAAGAUCCUCUACAAAGUGAUUAUGAUCGAUUAAUGAAUCAUAAUAAUAAUUUAAAAUCAGAAUUAAAUACAUAUAAAGGAUUAAUUCUUGCAUUUUCAUUACCAAAAUCAUCUUAUGCAACAAUGGCAUUAAGAGAAAUAUUACAUCGAAAUGAAUCAAAACUUCAAACUCAUCAUCAACAACAAGAACAAUCAUCAUUAACAAAUGAAACAAUAAUUAAUCAAGAAGAAGAAAUUGAAGAAAUCGAAGAUGUUGUUUUGUGA